AUGGAAUUGCUAUCAUACGCCAUUCUGCAAGGAGUACUCAUGGGUUAUGUCAUCGACAGUAUUUACUUGAGUUAUAUACCAUAUGCAGUAAUUACUCCAGCAAUAAUUACCGUCGCCUUUGCGCAAGUCGCUAAAUCUGCUGAUGGAGACCGUAAAAUGAUUCUCGGUAGUACAGUUGGUGCUGCAGUUUCAUUCAAUUUUAUGCUGGGAUUGAUAACGGGCAGCUUGUCCUUUGUUUACUUCCUGCUAACUCUCACAUAUGCCGCAAUCGCUGCGGUCAUCAUGCAGCUCUGUUUCAAGAAUCUCAAAGCCGUGUCAACAGGACACGUCUAUCAGAAUGCACUUAGCUGUGGCUUUAUUGUUGCAAAAGGACUCUUCUUCCUAUUGUUCGGCUCUUACGAAAAUGACGUUCAGGACCAACCAGAUCAGAACUCCGAUAAAUAG